CCACUUCUGCUUUCUUCCCCCCCCCCCCCCCUUAUACAUUUUAGGCUCUUUCUGCUCUUCUUCUUGUUUUUUCGUUUCCCUUGUAGAGGUUCUGCUGGUUUUCCUCUGCUCUUUGCACAUCCUUUUGGUAGGUUUUUGCCCUUCUGUGGGGGGUUUGGGUUGUUAAGCUUUGGAUUUCUAGAGUCUGUACCAAAAACCCAUAAAGUCAAACUCUUGAAAAAACUCCAUCAUCCGGCCAAAAACCAUCUUGGUUUUGCUGGGAUUUGCUGUUGGUCUUGGUACUUUUUUUCUGCCAAAAGAAGCUUUCUUUUCUUCUGUUGUAAAUCUUCAUGCUGCAUACGUUGUUGUGGUUGUUGAUGUUUGAGAUUCAUGUCUCCAGUUGUCAGUGAAAUCCUCCGCUCCGGGUUUAUGAUAAAUUCCUCCCUCAGACGCAGGACCCAUCUUGUUCAAUCUUUCUCAGUUGUGUUCCUCUAUUGGUUCUAUGUUUUUUCAUAAAUAAACUUUUUGUGAUUGCUUGAGUUUCA